UACUACCACUACCACCCUCGAAGCCAUCAUAUCUUUUGGGGAAGAUUCGGUGCGUGUAUGUACCGUGUUUGUCACGAGGGGUUUUGAAUUCGGAGCGGGAAAGACUUCUCAGUUGCAAUUUGGCUCUCGAGUGGGUGACUUGUCCCAUCCAUACUCUUUUUAAUACAUUGCUGUGAGUUAUUCAGUCAGUGACCCUAAGGAGAACCUCCCCUCUCGUUGAACUCAAUCUUUGAGGGCAUUAACAUUCAUCAAGAUGAAGGGUGUGCUAUUCUUGUUACUACUGAGCUCGAGUUGCCUUCAGGUGUGGGCUGGAUUCAAUUCCUACAGCUUUCAAAAGAAUGGAAACUACGAGUUCUCAUGGGCUGUCAACGAUGUACAUAGUGGCAAUGAUUAUGGGCAUUCCGAGAAACGCAAAGGAUACGAUACCGCCGGACAGUACCAUGUCCUUUUGCCCGACGGCCGAACUCAAACCGUUCAGUACAGUGUCGAUCCGUACAGUGGAUUUCAAGCUCGAGUGAUUUACGACGGCAAACCCCAAGAGCAACCCUUUAUCCCAUCUUCGCGUCCAGAGUCCUCUGGGGCCUUGACCUACUCCCCUUACAGACCCUCCCCCGCGCCCUCGGCCCAACAAAGCUAUGCCUAUGUACCACCUCCAAGAUCUUUCGCCCAAGCCCCUCAAGCUCAGCGUGUCCUGAAACCCGUGUUUAGGCCAACCCAGAGCCCCCGAGUUUACUCCGCAAGAACCCUUGCCCCGUACAAAUAUCGCCAAGCCAAGACCUUUGAGUCCGCUUACAAUCCAGUCACUCCGUCUUCGGUCGUUUCACGUCUCCCUGCCGCUGCACCCACUGCUGCUCCAUUUUCUGCCCGCAGACCUGUGUCUGCAUCUCGGUUCAACCAUCGGGCAAGACAAAAUGUGCUCGGACAUAAGAAGGAAGCAUCUGCUGGCAACAAAGCUCAUGGCCAUGGGAACGAUUCCCGAGAGAGAACUAUUGAAGAAAUGAAGAAAGACGACCCUUACCUGCGAACGGAGGACGAGCUGCAAGGCCGGGAUUUUGAUCAGCCUUUCUUCUACCCAAGAGACAAAAACCUGUUGACCCCGGGGAAGAAAAUAAAGGAUACGAGUCAUGACCAUGACAGGUAUUAAAAGGGUUGAGUCUUUCAGUCACUUUCUUGCCAUAUUUCAACUCAUCAAAAGGCACCUUGCAAAACACCUUUUGGAUUUGGAGCAAGAAUGGAAAUAUGCCCAAACUUCAUAAUCAAUAUUUUUUGUUGUUAAACCGGUCUCAGUGCCUUCUUUCGCUCGUAUUUAUUCAUUCUCCCGAGAGAAUAAUUUAAAACCCUCGACUAUUUAUUCAGGUAACUUCUCGUCUUUCCAUGUUGUAAUAAAUCUUGUAUAUUUUCUUUCUCAAA